UUUCCCUUGCACUGUAGGUUGUUGACUUCCCAUCGCAGUUUGACGUACUCUGGCCGCGAAACUGGGCAUUUCCUGGGUGGAAAUUUGAGUCAGGCGCUUUAAUUUCCUUCUGAUAUGACUAAAUUUGCAGACUGCUUCUGGGGGACUGAUUUUAACAGCACGGCUGGUUUUGAUGCUUUAUGCAAACGCUUAAAGGAUGGAAAACAAAUGUGCCAGGAUUUUGAAGAUUUUAUUAGACAAAGGGCAGAUGCUGAGGAGAAAUAUGGCAAAGCUUUGAUGAAACUUGCUGAAAGUGCUAAAGGCAAAGAUGAAAUUGGGACUCUCAGAGAAUCUUGGGAGGUCAUCAAAACAGAAACAGAGAACAUUGGGAAACUGCAUGUAGCUCUAUCCCAACAGCUGAUUGAAGAAUUGGAAAACUGUGUCAGGAAUUUUAAAGAUGUGCAGCGGGAUAAAAGGAAAAAGGUGGAAGAAUCAGUGAAGAGAGCUCAACGAAAUAAGAAAAACUGUUUUGAUACAACUCUUAGGCUAAAGAGGACCUAUGAGCAGAAAUGCCAUGAUGUAGGCAUGGCCGAGGAAGCACUGAAAAGAUCUGUAUCACUUGCCAGCAAAGAUGAGGAAAAGUUGCGGACCAAGCUUGGGCGAGCAAAAACUGCAGUAGAACAAGCAGACACUGCGUACCAAAACUCAGUGCGAAGCCUUGAAGAUGCACGGGUGAUGUGGGAGAAAGAAAUGGAACAGUGCUGUAAUUGUUUUCAAACCCUGGAAGAAGAAAGAAUAUCGUUUUUGCGUAACGCAAUGUGGGCCUAUGCCAACACAAGUUCAAUGAACUGUGUCAAGGUGGAUGAGACUUGUGAAGAAAUGCGAAAGAGUUUGGAGCACUGUGCAGUAGAAUCCGACAUUCAUCUUUUCGUUAGUAUGAAGAAAACAGGAUCUGAUAGACCAGUGCGAAUAGAAUAUGAGAACUAUUAUAUGGCGCAGUCAUCGGCAAAAGUUGCGUCCCCCAGUAGCAAUGUAAACAUAACUGGGCCUGUACCAGGAACCUUUGUGCAUUCAAAAGACCCCGCCAUUGUACAGUCGUCCACGGUUACCCCGAAACCAGUCAACCGCCGACCUCCUAUGCAACUCCCUGAGAUUCCUCGUCAAGAAUCUGUAGAUGAAUCGAUGUACUCCACUGUUGACCAAAAGAAACAAAUAAACAGACAGAACGAAACCAAAUUUUACCGUGCGGCUUUUGAUUAUGACGCACAAGGAGACCAGGAAAUAUCAUUCAAGGCUGGAGAUUUUGUAAAACUAAUUUUCCACGAGGACAACACUUGGUGGUGUGGAGAAGUACAAGGAAAGAGGGGAAUGUUUCCAAAAGAUUUUGUCGAAGAAAUCGACCCGUGAAGUAUGACGAAGGAGGUCCUACCAAUAUUAGUUGUUUUAAUUCGUCGUCAGUUCGAAGGGGAGAAGGAUGAGUAAAGUUGUCAAGAAUUACAUUGGUAAGGCCAAUACUAUUGACUAGUUAGGUUCAAGUCACACUUGAGUUUACAAUUGUUGUUAUAUAGAGGGCAAGAAUGCUCCCGCUUAGCUGUGUAACUGAUUCUUUGACAUCUAUCUGUGCAUGGGAAAGAGUCUUAUUUUUCACAGACACUUUUUUUUUUUCUUGUUUCCAUUAUUAACGAGUUUUGCGAGGAGCGAGAGUAUUCUAGUUUAUUUUUUAUAAUGGCUAAACUUUUUGAAAAUAUAAAUUUUUCUCUUUGAUAUCGCAACAAGUAAUUAUGAAUUUGGGUAUGAAAUAUUGUAUGGUACUUUUGGUGAGAAAAACAAAUUCGCCGGCUUUGGAAACAAAUAUGGCCACAAAUAUGGACAGCGGUCAAUUUAAGCAGCUCAGAGCGAUCAAUUAUCAAUUAUCAUGAAUCCUUUCCCUGUGUUAUGUGUGACUGGCAUGUAGCACUGGUGCCUGAUUGGAUCUGCGUGUUGGAAACGUUCGUUGCUAAUCGCCAAAAGAUAUGAAAUGUUUAACAAUGUGCUACAGGUUUGCUAACGUCUGAUAAUCAGGUCGCGUUAACUCUAAAAAUGAAAAAAAGCCAAUAAAUGUAAUCGACUUAAAUAAUUUAAAACGGAAAUAAGGAAAAAUUUACAACUUUUAGUUGAUGUUAUGUUUGAUUUAAGAAUAGUAGUCGUUGAAUUGUUCUCAGUCACUCCUAAAUUAAUGCUGAUAUUAAAUGGGGAGGUGACUAGAAUGCAAAUGUAAUGUCCAUUAAAAAUGUUUUGGAUUUCAAUAAACGCCAUAUUUUGUAUG